UCCUCCCCUCGCCUUAAGGAACAAAUGGGAUAUUCACGGCGAGGGAACUCCUCCAGGGGCAGCGCCGUCUCCUGCUGCAGCGAGCCGCUUUAUAAAAGUGCAUGCCCCCGAACCAAUCCCCAACCACGCCGCCGUUGCCCAGGAGCUGACGCGGCGGCCCGGACUGCGAGGAGGAUACCAUGAAAGCAGCCGCCUCGUGCUCCGUGGCCCUGGGACUCCUGUUGCUCGCGGCCGCGCAGCCUGCCGGCAACGAGGCGCAAAGACCCAGGUCUUUUAAAUGUGGUGGAAUUCUAAGCGGAGCAUCGGGGUUUAUUGGCAGUGAAGGAUUUCCAGGAAUCUACCCUCCAAACAGCAAAUGUACUUGGAAAAUCACAGUUCCUGAAGGGAAAGUCGUGGUUCUUUCCUUUAGAUUCAUGGACUUGGAAAGUGAUAACUUAUGCCGAUACGACUGUGAUGUGUACAAUGGCCAUGCAAACGGGCAGCGUCUUGGCAGGUUCUGUGGCACGUUGAAACCUGGUGCUCUUGUGGCCAACAGCAAUAAGAUGCUGGUGCAAAUGAUUUCAGAUGCCAACACAGCUGGAAAUGGCUUUGUUGCAAAGUUUUCUGCAGCAGAACCACACGAAAGAGGAGACCAGUACUGUGGUGGACGACUAGACAAGCCUGGGUCAUUUAAAACUCCUAACUGGCCUGAUCGAGAUUACCCAGCUGGAGUUUCUUGCUCAUGGCACAUUGUAGCUCCAAAGAAUCAGCUAAUAGAGUUAAAGUUUGAAAAAUUUGAUGUGGAGAGAGAUAACUACUGCAGAUAUGACUAUGUGGCUGUGUUUAAUGGAGGCGAGAUUAAUGAUGCUAGGAGAAUUGGGAAAUACUGCGGAGACAGUCCACCAGCGCCUAUUGUAUCUGAGAGAAAUGAGUUACUUAUUCAGUUCUUGUCUGAUUUAAGUUUAACUGCCGACGGCUUUAUUGGUCACUACAAAUUCAGGCCCAAAAAAAUACUACAACCAUCACCUACUACCACAAGCCUCCCUGCCACCACAACGGUGAAGCCUACAGUUGCACUGUGCCAGCAAAAAUGCAGAAGGAGUGGAACUCUUGAGAGCAGUUACUGUUCAAGCAACUUCGUAAUAACUGGAUCCAUUAUCACAACCAACAUUAAAGGUGGAAGCUUGCAUGCAACAGUAUCAAUUAUUAACGUCUACAAAGAGGGAAAUUUAGCAAUCCAACAAGCAGAAAAUAUGAGUGCCAAGAUCGUUGUUGUUUGUAAACAGUGUCCUCUUAUCAGAAGAGGUCUAAAUUACGUCAUUAUGGGACAGGUAGAAGAAGAUGGCAGAGGUAAAAUCUUGCCCAGCAGCUUUACAAUGAGUUUCAAGACAAAGAACCAAAAGAUCCUGAAUAUCUUGAAAAACAAACAGUGUUGAAUGUGAAUUUUUGCAGCCGAGUCCUGUCAUCUAUCCUCCAGAAUCUCUCUCCAUGCAAAUAAAAUGGGAGAUUUUCCAGGAACGUAGUGUACUUUCCGGAAUUUUUCAACCUUGUUUUCCUCAUAGACUGAUGUUGCAAAAAUCAAAAGAAAAAUACCAUGAUUGCCAAUUUUAUUUCAAAACGUUCAGCAACAUCAGCCAGCCUGUACCAUACCAAAUUUUCACUACCGCGAAUUUCUUAAUUUAUACUUUUCUCAGAAGGAUUUUUUUUAAAAAAAUGACUGAUGUGAUGAAGUGCAAUAUUUAUAGUAAUUCAUUUUAACUUAGUUUUCCUGUUUCCUUGCAGUAUAAGCUACACUUAAUAAACACUUCUAAAAACUCA